GCAGCAGACUCAUUCGACUCCAACUUCAGCACCAUGAACACUUCAUUAGCAAGACUCCACUUUGCAGGAGGCUAUCAGCCCUCUGACUCCAAGGACUGGAGAUCCAUCAUUCCUGCUUUCUUGGUGGCAAUCUGUUUAGUAGGCUUUGCAGGGAACCUGUGUGUGAUUGGCAUCCUCCUACACGGUGCUUGGAAAGGAAAAUCAUCCAUGAUCAACUCCUUGAUUUUAAACCUGAGCCUAGCUGAUCUCUUCCUUCUGCUAUUCUCUGCACCCCUGAGGGCAGCUGCAUACUCCAAAGGCGUUUGGGAUAUGGGAUGGUUUGUCUGCAAAUCCUCUGACUGGUUCACACACACAUGCAUGGCAGCCAAGAGUCUUACAAUUGUUGUGGUAGCAAAGGCAUGCUAUAUGUAUGUAAGCAACCCAGCCAAGCAAGUGAAUAUCAAUAACUGCACAAUAUGGACGGUGCUCAUAGUCAUCUGGGCCAUGGCCUGCCUCUUACCCUUGCCUGAAUGGUUCUUUAGUACCCUUAGGUACCAUGAAGGGGUGGAGAUGUGCAUCAUGGACAUACCAGCCCUGGCUCAGGAAUUCACUUCGAUGUUCGGUAAGCUCUACCCUCUCCUUGUAUUUUGCUUUCCUUUGCUCUUUGCUGGGAUGUAUUUUUGGAAGGCUUAUUGCCGGUACCAACGCAGAGGAACCAAGACUCAAAAUCUGAGAAACCAGAUCCGAUCUAGGCGACUCACAACGAUGCUAUUAAGUGUUGCUAUAACCUCUGCCAUCAUGUGGCUACCAGAAUGGAUAGCUUGGCUGUGGGUAUGGCAUCUAAAGACAGGAAGCCCUGUUCCACCUCAAGGUUUUAUAGCCUUGUCUCAAGUCCUUAUGUUUUCCAUCUCUUCUGCAGACCCCUUCAUUUUUUUAGUGAUGUCUGAGGAAUUCAAAGGUUUCAAAGAUUUCUGGAAAUGGCUGACAUCAAAAAAGCCUCUACCUGACCCAGAUUCUCAAGAAACACCAGCCGGUAACUCACAGGUCAUUUCAGAUAAUGUCCCAUCUCAAGAACCCCUGCCAACUGUGCCAGACAAAGAGAAGCCUGGAUCUUCCCCCUCUGGCGAGGAGAGAACAGACAAGGAGAUUCCUGGACUACCUGAUGUGGAACAGUUUUGGCAUGAAAGGGACAGAGUCCCUUCUGAGCAAGACAAUGAUCCUAUCCCCUGGGAACAUGAUGAUUCUGGGAUAGCAGGUUGUAGUAAAUGA